UGCUGGGCGAGCAGCUUGGGGAGCCUCGACGCGCAGCGCGGCCGAGCGGGGAGCGCAACCAGCGGCCGGGCAUGAGCCAGCGACCCAGCGGGCCCUGAGCGCACGAGGCCCGGCCCCCGGGGGAUCCGCGCGCCCAGGUUCCGGGGACACCCCCCAGGAGACUCCCCCCCCCCAGGAAACCCCCCCCCCCGGCACCCGCUCGCUCACGGAGGAAGAUCCCGGCCCGGGGGGGCCGCUGUGAGUUCCCCACGCGUGUCGUGACAGCGGCGUCAUGAGCGGGUCCUUCGCCCCGGCCCCGGCCCCGGCCCCCGCGGCUUGGAAACUCCUGCUGCUCUGCCUCGCAGCCUCCGGGUCCCUGGCGGGGGUGCUGGAAAUGGAGCGCAGCGUCACGGCGGUGCUGGGCAAGGACGUGGUGCUGCCGUGCCGCUACCGGGCUCAGGAGGGCGAGAAGGUGGUGCAGGUGACGUGGCUGAAGCAGGGCCCCGAGGGGCAGAACGUGGAGAUCGCCGUGCUGAACUUGGAGUACGGGGAGCACAUCCAGGAGCCCUACGUGGGGCGGGUGCUGCGGCAGGCGCCGGGGCCGCUGGAGGACGGCGCCAUCGUGCUGAAGAACGCCGUGCAGGCCGAUGAGGGCGCCUACGAAUGCCGCCUUAUCACCUUCCCCUCGGGCAACUUCGAGGGCAGCAUGACGCUCAGUGUGCUGGUGCCCCCGCUGCCGACCCUGAACCCCGGCCCCCCGCUGGAGGAGGGGCAGGGGAGGACGCUGGCCGCCUCCUGCACGGCCGAGGGCAACCCCAUGCCCACAGUGACCUGGGAGACGCAGGUGCGCGGCACCAACAGCACCCGCCACUCCUCGCACCCCCGCUCAGCCUCCGUCACCAGCGAGUUCUUCCUGGUGCCUGGGCGCAGCAUGAACGGCCAGACGCUCACCUGCGUCGUGAGCCACCCGGGGCUGCUGCACGAGAAGAGGAUCACCCACGUGCUGAGUGUCGCCUAUCUCUCGGACGCCUCAGUGCGAGGGCACGAGGAGGAGGAGGACUGGCAGGCGGGCAAGGAGGGCGUCUCGCUGAAGUGCCUCGGCGAGGGCAACCCCCCACCCACCUACAACUGGACCCGGCUCAACGGCCCCAUGCCCGAAGGAGUGAAGGUCAAGGGGGCCACCCUCCUCUUCCAGAGACCCCUCACCCCCGACGACACUGGCGUCUACAUCUGCCAGGUCGCCAACAGGUUUGCAGCCAAGGAGGUUCGGGCCAGCAUCAGCAUAAAAGCAGAAAGUGAGCUGCAGAAGGUGAACGUGGUCUCGGCCUCGGUGGUGGUGGUGGGCAUCAUCGCAGCCGUGCUGCUCUGUGUGCUGGUCCUGGUUGUUGUGUUCAUGACCCUCUACCACCGACGGAAAACCAGGCGCAUCUCCGAGAAAUACGAGGAGGAGCUGACCAUAACGAGGGAGAAUUCCAUCCGGCGCCUGUACUCCAGCCACAGCACCAGCACCCGGAACCAGACAGAGGAAACCCUGCACCUGCGGGGGGACAGCCGGCAGGGAAGCCUGCGGGGAGACAGCCUGCGUGGCACCAGCAUCUGCUCCGUCUUGAGCGAGGAGGCAGAGGGGCGCAGCUACUCCACCCUGUCGACGGUGCGGGAGAUUGAGACACAGACGGAGCAGACCCCGGCCCCAGUGCUGGCCCCGGAGGAGGAGAAGGAGGAGAAGGAGAAAGAGAGGGAGGAGGAAGAGGAAGAGGAGGAGCGGGAGGAGAACACCAUCAAGGCAGCCAUGACCCACUUUGUGCAGGAGAAUGGCACACUGCGGGCCAAGCCCACCACCAACGGCAUCUACAUCAAUGGGCGGGGCCACCUGGUGUGAGCCCGGGCCCACGGGCACAGACUGGCCUGGUGCCGAUCAGGGCCGGGCCCUGGACACACAGAUGCCCCCUGCAGCCUGCCAGCCCCUCCCGCUGGGACUGACCCAUUGAGCCCUUGUGCAGACAGCCUGCUCUGGCUCUGGAUUUCUGGAGAGGGCAGAUCUGGUUCACUGUGGGGCAAAAGGGCCCCUGGCCAAUUGAGGGGGUCCCCUACCCCCGCAUUGGUCCUUGCUUCCUGCAACAGCCUCCUAGCUUUUCUGCAUGGGAUGUUUCCUGCCCGGCUGGCCCCGAGGGCCCCAUGCAUGCUCCUCCCUCUGACCUCCGCCACAGUGGGGCUGGAGAAUGUGGUACCUGCCUAUCCUGUCCUGUCUAUCCCCAGAGGUAGGACUAGCCAGGAAGCGGCUCUGACGACUCAGGGAGCUGCCUACAUCCCGACUGGGGGUAACAACUGUGAGGUCACGCUGCCUCCUGUAGGGGGCACUGUCAGAGCCACUGCAUCUGACCCAGGUGGCGCUCAGAGCCACGCCCCCAGCACGGUGCGAGGGUGGGACCCCAGCCCUCUGUCGAGUCUGUCCUCUGGGCGACCCCAGGGACAGGCCCUCCCUGGAGAGCCCCCGGCUUCCUGUGCCAUUCCUGGGAUGUCUCUGUGCUCUGUGGUGCCCACCAGUGGCCGCGGGCGGACUAGCAUCAAGGGCAAGUGAGCACGGAGACACCCCAGCAGGGGCACUUAGGGGUGGGGGAAUCGGCGCCACCUGCUGGGCAAGAGGAACCCAAGCGCCUGCCUCAGCCCCAUGCACACAGCCCACCCCCUGGGGCUUGGCAUCUUGGUAAGGCAGGGGUGCGGCACCCCUGUGGCCGGGCUGCAAUGAACACUGGGGUGUGAGAAGGUCUGGACCAAGACUGAGGGACACAGACAGACCCUGUGGUUCUCUCCGCUCUCUAGGUCCCAGCCUGGGUCCCACAGCUACACAAGAGAGCGCUGCCCCCCGGCCUCACCGGCUCCCCAACGCCACAGGGCCCGGCCCCAGGAGCUAAUCUGGGCCCAGCCGGGGUUCAGGGGUGCUCGCCCUGGGUGGUUUAAUGGAGGUAAAAUUCCUCUGGUCCUGGGGCGACUGGGAUCCUGGUGCAGGGAGUGGGGCUCUGAGGGUCUCCAAAUACUUCGGGAGGGAUGAAGUUCACCAAAGGUUUUUUUCCUGGUUGUUUAAAGCCAUGGGGCUUCCCUCUCCCCCACCUCAGUGUAAUGCACAAGUAUUUUAAACCCUUGGGUUUCUAGUUAUAGGGGCAGCCAUGUCCGGGGCCCCAGCCCCCACAGCUGAGCGUGGGGUCGGGAGCAGGGAUUGAACUGGGGAUCUGCAGAACUAACAGGCCGAGUGUGAACCAAAAGGAGAAGACCCCUGAGCAGCAUCAGGCGCUGCAUGGCCGGGCCCAGCAGCUGGAUUUGGGUGCCACCCGCUGGGUUACAGAGCUGGGCUGGGUUUGAUUCUUUCCCUGGGGUUUCUCUCCUUGGCAGAGUACAAACAGGUUGAGCCCCAGUGGGACCCCAGCAGGGUUGAACCUGGGCCCAGCGCAUUCUCCCAGUCCCGGUCCACACAGCCCCAUGGCCAGAUCAUCGUGCCCCCCGGUCACGCUCUCCUCUGUGCCCAUGCAGGGUGUUGGCAUUGACAGAGCAGCUAGGGUUGAACCACGAGGGCUGUUCCUGCCCAGAAAUGGUCUCGUUUCUGCUGGGGUAGGGGCCUGUUUGCAGGCCCAACACUCACCAGGGGGUGAAGGUUUGGCAGGAGGGAGGAGUAGGGCCAUUUCUCUAAAUCCUUAACAGAACGGCGGCCCGGUGACCCUUCAGCUGAUGCUGGGCCACGGUUCCCCCAAGGUGGCCCCACCCUGCUCCCCUCGGAGUCAGUGGCAAACCUCUCCUGGGCUGCAAGCCCUCUCCCCCAUCUGGUCAUUGGCAACCAGAGGCUGGUUCAUCCCCACGGGACGCUGAUGUUGCAGGUCUGCACAGGGGGGCAACUCAUGGCUCCACGGAGGGACCAAACGGAGCCUUGCCAUUGACACCCCACUCGUCCCCCAGGGCUUUGGAUCAGGCUCUGUGUCCUCUUUGCCCCACGUCCGAUAUUUUGGGGAGGGCCCCCCCAAGCAGACCGCCCCUCCCCCCGACAGCAGGAGAGCACAUCUGGCCCGGAGGAGUGGCUGGGCUUCGUGUCAGGCCAUGUGGAACCUCCUUCAGUGUGAAAUCCAUGGAGGGGUGCCGGGGAUGGAUUUGGCUCCUCGUCCCUGGGGGCAGGGGGUACCCGGAAUCAGACCAAGAAUACGCCAGGCCCAGUCUGGCCUGGUGCGGAAUGCUGCUGCCCCCUGGUGGUGAUAUUUAUAACGUUUUUAUGUAUGGUUUAUUUCUAUGUUUUGCUGCCCCUCCAUGGGCCAUUCUCAGGGCAAGAAAGACCUAGAGUGGCGAGGUCUAAAGCAAUGAGCGUUGGCCUAACCCGGCUCCGAAGUAAAGCCCCCGCAGGGGUGGAUUUAGGGCUCCAAGAAAGUCCUGCUUGGCACGCAAGUAAUGCUCCCAAUCUGCCUGGCCAGCGGGAAGAGGGGCCGGGGCUGUGCCCUGCGGGAUCUGAGUGAGAUGGGAAAGUGGAGGAGUAGGGACGGGGCUUUUCCACGGUGUAGAAACAGAGGGUUUGCUGCCUUGGUUCAGACGCCUGGCCUGUCUCAUCCCAUCUCCUCACCCCCUGUGAGAUUGGAUCAGACCACGGGUUCUUCUAGGCCCCAAUCCAAAGCCCACCGAAGUCACUGGGCAACUUUCCAUUGACUUCUGGGACUAUUGGCGCAGACUCCAUGCCCCACAUCCCACCUCCACUAAUGGCCAAUACCUGAUCCUUCAGCUAAAGACAAGCCCUUGUGCGUGUAGCCAGCUGUGCCAUGCCUCCAGACCCCUGCCGUCUGGCGCCCAAAGCGUGAGAGUUGUUCUUACCUUCAAAUUGUCUUGGGAAAGGAAAUUAAACCAGGUUUGAAAGCCCAGGCCCAGGUCGAUUUCAGAGGGGCAAUUGUGUUGCAUUUUUGAUUCCGAGGGGUUUGGGGGUAGUCUCUGGAGGUAGUGGCGGGGAUUCCCUGUCCUGUGUAUGUUCUGUAAAUGUGUGUGUAUAUAGAGCUCCCUAUCUAUGUGUAUAUAGAUGUAUAUGCCUAUUCUUUUUGUUAUAUGUACUGCUGGUUUUGUAAAUAAAUUCCCCAUUUGGCA